UCUGUGUCAGUGUAUCUUUCAACAACUGCUUCACUUCAAAGUUCAAUCAUAGCUGAGCUGACCACUAUAGCUUUUAGUUCACCACAUACCCAAACCCAACUCUGUCACUUCCACCAAAAGCUAGCUAUGGAGGUUAUUAACGGACACAAGAAAUGGGGUUUCCAAGGGAACCCAGAGUUAAUCGCUUCCUCCAUCUCCGUUCGUGGUGCUCUCACCAAGCUGAUGGCAAAUCGUGACAAGGACGAGAAGCGACCCACCAUUCCUCUCGGCCGUGCUGACCCAACUGAGUUUCCGAGCUAUCGAACUACCCCUGUUGCCCCAGAUGCUGUUGCUGAUGCUACCUACUCCUAUAACUACAACUGUUACCCUCCCACCGUCGGUAUUGCCGAGGCAAGGAGGGCUGUUGCAGAAUAUCUUUCAAAAGAUUUUCCAUACCAGUUAUCGCCAGAUGAUGUGUAUAUCACAGCUGGUUGCACCCAAGCAAUAGAAAUCGUAGUAUCUGUCCUUGCGCGUCCAAAUGCCAACAUUCUGUUUCCUAGACCAGGUUAUCCACAGUAUGAAGCUCGUGCGAGUUGUAGUAAGCUUGAAGCUCGCCACUUUGAUCUUAUACCCGAAAAGGGUUGGGAGGUUGAUCUUGAUUCUGUUGAAGCUCUUGCGGAUGAGAACACAGUUGCUAUGGUUAUCAUCAAUCCCAGCAAUCCUUGUGGAAAUGUCUUCACGUACCAACAUUUGAAAGAGAUUGCAGAGACUGCUAGCAAACUUGGGAUUUUUGUGAUUUCUGAUGAAGUUUAUGGCCAUCUAGCUUUUGGAAGUAAUCCAUUUGUGCCCAUGGGAGUGUUUGGAUCAACUGUACCUGUUCUAACACUUGGAUCCAUAGCAAAGAGAUGGAUUGUUCCCGGUUGGCGACUUGGAUGGAUUGUGACAAGUGACCCCAAUGGCAUCUUCCAUCAAUCAGGGUUUGUGGAGUGCAUGAAGAAUUUUCUGGACAUCACCACCGACCCCCCAACAAACAUGCAGGGGGCACUUACCCAAAUCCUGAAGCACACAAAAGAGGAUUUCUAUUCAAAGAUUCUAACCACAAUUAGAGAAGCUGCAGACAUUUUAUAUGAUAGAAUUCAAGAAAUCCCUUGUCUGACCUGUCCACACAAACCAGAAGGGUCCAUGGUUGCAAUGUUGAAGCUAAAUCUACCACUACUUGAAGGCAUUAUUGAUGAUGUGGACUUCUGUAUGAAGUUGGCCAAGGAGGAAUCCGUGAUUGUUCUGCCAGGGGUUACUGUUGGACUGAAGAAUUGUCUUCGAAUUACAUAUGCCGUUGAGCAUUCUGCGCUUGAAGAUGGACUUGGAAGAAUAAAAGCCUUCUACCACAGGCAUGCCAAGAAGGAAUAGGUUCAAUUGUGUGUGCAGCAAUAAAAUUGAAGGAUGGUGAUCUACAACUUCACGUUGUAUUUCAUACUCCAUUUUUUAGGGUAAUAAAUCCAUUUGCUUAUUGUCUAAACUUUGGUUAAAGCCUAAUGGGGCUUUGUUACCAUUUUCAGUCGCUUGGGCUUAAUUGCUAUAUUUAUCUUAUGCGGUGAUGACAUUGUGCCAUUAAAAUUUGGAUGUAUGAAAAGACAUUGGAUUAUACCAUUAUGAUGAAAGUGCAAUAAUAUAGUUGAAUGUA